ACGACUUAUUUCGCCAGCAAGUGUCGUUGCAGGACGAUCGAAAAGCAGUCGCAGAAUAAGCAAUUAGAUGUGUUUUCUUCGUUCUUUUCGUCCGUGUAUGACAAGAUUGUGUAAAAUUCCUUUGUUGCAUAGGGAGGAGGAAAAUAUAAAGGCAACUCGCUGGAGCUGUAAAUAUCUGUGUCUGAUACAUGUCGAGAAACAACCAGAUAAGCCAAUUUACUUAACAAGAACCACGACGAUCGACACUGCAGUCGAGGUUGAAACCAAAAAGGAAGGCCUCGAUUCGUGUGCAGCAUCCAUCGUGACUAUCACUAUCACCACGAUCAGUACGUUUUGAGUUAGGCGACAGUACGGAGGGCUCAGCCUGAAACCCAUAUUGUAACAAUAGAAGAAUCGCCACGAUUUCACAAUGGCGACUAGGAAAAAAGUACUAUUAAAGGUCAUCAUUCUCGGCGACAGCAGCGUCGGGAAGACGUCGUUAAUGAAUCAGUAUGUGAACAAACGAUUCUCGAAUCAAUACAAGGCCACAAUCGGGGCCGAUUUUCUGACCAAGGAGGUCGUCAUCGACGACCGGGUUGUGACGAUGCAGAUUUGGGACACUGCCGGACAGGAAAGAUUCCAAUCACUCGGCGUUGCGUUCUACCGCGGGGCGGAUUGCUGCGUGCUGGUUUACGACACGACCGCGCCGAAUACCUUCAAAAAUUUGGACUCCUGGCGGGACGAGUUUCUGAUUCAAGCGAGCCCACGCGAUCCGGAACACUUUCCCUUUGUGGUGCUCGGGAACAAAAUCGAUCUGGAAAACCGAGCUGUAUCAACGAAGCGUGCCCAGCAAUGGUGUCAAGCGAAGAAUGAUAUUCCCUACUUCGAAACGUCGGCCAAAGAAGGCAUUAAUGUAGAUCUUGCUUUCCAAACGAUUGCCAAAAAUGCGUUAGCCCAGGAGAAUGAGGUUGAACUUUACAACGAGUUCCCCGACCAGAUCAAGCUGAACGCGGACCGCAACAAUCGGCCCCGAAACGGAGACAACUGUUCCUGCUAACUAAAUAGGUAAACUGGAAAAAAAAUCAAAGUAUAUGAAUCCCUGGGCCGCCACGCCAGAGACCUGCGGUCAACACAAAUCCGCCAACAAAAACAUAACCCAACAGAAGUAGACGAUAUGGACGUUAAACCCUAAUAUUGAAUCUUGAUUUAGAGACAAAAAAAUCCUGCAAUCACUAUUUGCUUACAGAUGGGCGUAAAGCAAAAUUCUGAAGAGAUAAGACAACAACAAAUGAAGCGGGGAAAUAUUUACGGAAUAAUAUAAUGCUAUAAACGAAUCGGGUAAUUAGACCCAAUUCACUCAACGGUGAUUCUUUUAGUUUAGAACCUGUUCUACACAUAUAUUUAUGGAGAUCUCCUUGUGCGACCCAUAGUUCUGAAAUCUAUUUUGCAUCCCAGAUAAAUAAACCUAUGUAACAGACGAUUUGUUUCACACAUUCUUCAAAACAAUAGCAGAGAAAAACAUUAAAUCAACAUGCGAAAACUCUAUGAAUGAUGUAUAGUAAACGUUAAGUAAGUCUCCCGAAUAAUGCGUCGGAGCGGCAGAUAUAAUUGAAAAUGCUACUUUAUUCCUCUGUCAGCUGUUCACCCUUACCUUGAUUGUUAGCCUAGUUAGAUAUGUUGAAAACGUGAUUUAGAAAGAAGUAAAAUAUGGAGGCACCUUUCUGUUGAAGGUUCAUGUCGUUAGGUUGCCUAAUGAGCAUCGUUUAUUAUCGAAUAUGGAUGCACUCCCAGUAUAUAGUUUUUGGUCUUUCAUUCACAGCAGUAACAUGCAGCUGGGGUUUCGCAAGCUUGAUGCUUAUUAUUAAAUUAUUGAUCUUUCAAAUAUACAAUCUAUCGUAGGACCUAGCCAAUAAAUAAUAAUAAACGUGAAACAAAAGUGGAAACAACCAUCAAUAUAAUUCUCAUAUAAUGCAAACAGUAAAACUAACCGUAUUACUAAAGCAAACAAACAUAUACGGAUGUUCAACAGUAAUCGGUACAUGUUUUGUUGAACCCGAUGUAAAAUCAGCAAUUGGAUGAGCUUUUUUCGUCGCUAGAGUAUGUGCAACUAGAAAACUGAAUCAAAUACGAUCGCACUCUUUCAACGUUUCGCUCUCCUUCGGCAGUUCUGUCUACAGUUAGCAAGCAAAAAUAUAGUGUGCAAUUACGAGAAUAACAUAUUGGAUACAGCAAUCGAACAUUCGAAUAGAACAAAGAGAAGAAAAUUGAUUGAUUUUUAACAUUUGUUCCCUUAUAUUGAAGCAAACAGCGACUCAGAUGUAAGAUUGAGCACCUGAAGGUUGAACAGAAACAUCUUUGUUAGGAAGAUAUAAACAAUAAAUACAACAAUAUAAAUAAAAGUGAUACAUAUUCGGAGAA